GGAAUUCUUGACCGAUUAAAUUUCUUUGCGACGCACUUUUACGCUCUCCAAAUCACAACAUCUACCUUAUGAAGCUCAUCGACUUUACUGGUAACCGUCUGUACGAAGGCACUGGAACCUGUUCAGUUUGUUUGUUAAGCUUUCAAUUAAGUGUUAGAGACCACUGUACUGUCAGCCCUGCUUGGAAAUAGCUGAUUUAACUAGCUGAAAAUAUUCUAUACAAAUUUAAAACAAUUAUUUUUUGUCUCACUAUAUCCUUUUAUAUUUAUGAUGAAAAGACAUCUCAUCCGGAGGAUUUUCACCAUAAGAAGAUCUAGAGGAGGGCGAAUCCUUUUCUUCUUUUCAAGGAGUUUUCCUUCUUUUAUAUCACAGAGGGUUUUUUUUUCCUGAACGAGAGGUUGGCAUGAGCCCAGUUUCGCAUUGCAGCGUAAAUAAACUUCAGGAAAAAAAAAUAGCAGUGUGUGACCGUAUUAAGUGAAAAGUACAAGUGCAAAAAAUUUCAUUUUUUAACAAACACACGUACAUAUGUAGUGUGAGAAAAUUGAAAGGAUAACGCAAAAAUCCUACUUAAGGGAGAAAUAGAAGGGAAAACUGGUUACCAAAGAGUUUGUUGCCAAGGCAACCACGAUUUGACGCUGGAGAAGACAAAUAUGGCGACUUUCAUUGUCGCACGAGAUAUAAUUCCUUCGUAGGUUUAUUAUAGAUUUCGGAUUACAACACUUAAUCAACUGAAUGAACAGGGGUUUUGAAAUCUCUAGAGGAUGAUGAGCUCACAAGAUGCAUGAAAAGAGGGGCAGUUUAACGUACUAUCAAUUUCGUAUACCCCUCGAUCCCGCGCAACAACUACCCAAGAGAAAAGCUGAAAGAUUCAAGAAGAGCAGCAGUUCCUGGAACACAGUUGAUUCCAGGCCAUGCAGUCAGCAAAGUCACAACUGUGUUUCCAUAGAGCAAGAUAUUCACGACCGGAAUUCACAGCAUAUUUUGGUUGGAUCUGCACUGAGACGACCCCAUGCAAGUGAGUAUUCUCCACUGGAUUACCAAAGUAUGCCAGAUGUUGGAAAGUCUCCACGUCAGCCUUUUAGGCCUCAAUCUUCAUGUACAGUGUACAACUAUGCUUCUCGUCCUGUCACUGCAAGGGAACAGUCAUCGCACCUUGGAAGACAUACAAAGUCAAGCUUGCUGAGAUGUCAGUCAGCCUCAUCAGUUUCCAUGAGUUCACAUUUAUCCCGCUCAAAUUUUAAAUCAGCAACAAACAAGAAACGUUUAUGUGAAAUUCGUGAUGACUACAGAUUCUUCAAAAGUGAUCCAAUGCACAAACAAGUACCUCCCCAUGGUGAAAGUCUUCACAGCUUUUUAACUGGAGCAAGGUACAACAGAGCAAGAUACUUGGAUUGGCGUGCUCUCUCUAAGCUAGGAGUUUAUAUUCCCAAGCCUGAUCUGAACUCAUUCUUCAUUAAGAAUGAGUUUGAUGAUUCAGAUGCAAGAAGCAUCUUUUCUGACUCUUCUGAAGAAGAACUAGUGGUUGAAGGACUGAAAGAAAAAGGAGAGGAAGAUAAUGGGACUUUUCUGACACGGGAAACAAAUACAGAACCACAUUACCUAAGUAUUAAACACUGGCAUUCUACUGAAUGGAAAACAGACAGAAAGCCAAGUAAAGAGCAAAGGAUACAAUCAGCACCCUUAAAAAUCAAAGCCAUUCACACAUAUUAUUAUGACUACAGUCAAAAGAGUGAAUCAUCUGUAACUGUUUAAUUGAUGUGCUGAUAAUUAUUUUUAUUACAAUUAUUAAACUGAAAAAUAUUGAAAUGGUUAUUUUAAGUUUUUA